AUAGGUUCAGUUUACUUUAAAUAAUGUUGUUAACCAGUGCAUUUUUGAUGUUAUUCAUAACUUCUUUUAAAAUCAGCUAUGCUGUUCUAUCGAUCGACUUCGACGAUGAUUUCCGCAUUUGCGAAAAUGGAAAACCUUUACCAGAGGAUGAUUUUUCACAGUUUCACAUACAGCCAGAGCAGGAUGGAUCGAUUACGAUGAAUGGGACGUACAGAUUCAAGCAGGAAUACGGCAGUCCGACAAGGUGGAAUAUGUACACCGAGCGAUUGGAACGGGGCAGCUGGAUCCCUGGGAUAGUUUCUCGAGAUGUACGGGACAUUUGCCUUCUUUUGCAAAUGCCACAUGAGGUUUGGUACCCGUACACGCAUAUAAUGAAGCAGAAAUCGUGUCCCUAUCGGGUCGGACACGAAGAGCACAUCAACAACAUGAACAUUGGAAAUUUCGCUGCAAUGCUUAAGGUCCCCCCGUCGUUUAUCGGCGAGUGGCGAAUGUACUACGAGAUCACAUCAACCCGGAACGUGAAGCGCGUUGUGGAGUGCAUGAUGAUUCCGAUCACCGUUUCGGAAGUUUGAACGAGCAAUCCGUAACUUUUCAGUAAACCUUUAAUAAAGUUCAUGUAAGAAA